CCCCGUCCGGGUACAUCAUGUGAUAAGUGGGUUACCCCGUCGGGAGCUGCUGCUCUCCAAUAGCCGCCCAGAGUGGCGUGGAUUGUCGCGCAUUUGCUUUGUUUUUACCCUGGGGGUGGAUUAGGUGUUGGAGCUGUCUGACGGUUGUUGUUCCUGUUCCCUUAUCAGCGGUCUGGGACCAGAUACUUAUACCUGCAAUCAUUGCUCCCUGAGUCUAUGCCAGCAAUCUUCUUCUGUUUCUUCUUCAGCAUCUCGUUUGUUGGCUGCAUACAUCUUUUCCAGUCAAUUCAUUUCUUUGUAUCUACUUGAAAACCUCUUCAUCACAAUUUAGACAAAGAUGUUGCGGUGGUACCAAACGAAGCUGGCCAAACAGCCCAUCCUGACAGCCAGUGUCACUAGCUUUGUGUUGUUUGGCAGUGGAGAUGUCCUUGCUCAGCAGCUAGUUGAUCGCCGAGGCUUCGAUAAGCACGAUGUGGCACGAACUGCGCGCAUGGCGCUGUAUGGAGGUGCAAUCUUCGGCCCGGCUGCCACGGCCUGGUAUGGUAUUCUACAACGCCAUGUUGUUCUUAAGAACCCUAUUACUACCACCGCCGCUCGUGUCGCUGCCGAUCAGCUACUCUUCACACCCACUCACCUGACCUGUUUCUUGUCGUCCAUGGCAAUCUUGGAAGGCUCUGACCCAAUGGAGAAAUUGCGCAGCAGCUUUGUGCCCAGUUACAAAGCGAAUCUUACGAUCUGGCCGAUGGUCCAAGGUGUCAACUUUGCUAUCGUGCCCCUGGAGUACCGUGUCCUGGUCGUGAACCUGGUCAGCUUGGGCUGGAACUGCUUGUUGAGCUUGAUCAAUAGCGGCGAGAAAUGAUUAGACCCAGACCUCUCUUGAUUAGCACUAAAUUAUAGAUACCCUUCGAAUUCAU